AUGAGGGAUCGAAGAAGUAGAGGGAAGUGGGAAAAGGCAGGGAUUAAUGAAGCUUCUACAGUCAGACUAGCUGUUGGUGAAUGUGGAUGCUCUGGGCUGAAGUCCACUCUCUGCCCCAAGUUCUCCACAUGUCUUCUGGGGAACCAGCAGCAUUGUGAUGAGGCCAAGGCUGUGGAUGUCCCCUACAUGGACGUCGAGGCUCUGAAGAAACUCAACAAGAAUAAAGAACUGGUUGAGAAGCUGGCCAAGGAGUAUGAUGCCUUUUUGGCUUCAGAGCAGAUCCCAAGAAUCCUGGGCCCAGGUCUGAAUAAGGCUGGUAAGUUCCUUUCCUUGCUGACCCACAAUGAGAAUAUGGUGGCCAGAGCUGAAGUGAAGUCCACGAUCAAGUUCCAGAUGAAGAAGGUGCUGUGUCUGGCAGUGGCUGUUGGUCAUGUGAAGAUGAGAGAUGAUGAGCUUGGGUACAACAUCCACUUUGCUGUCAAUUUCCUGGUGUCGUUGCUCAAGAAAAAUUGGCAAAAUGUCCAGGCUUUGUACAUUAAGAGCACCAUGGGCAAGCCCCAGCACCUGUACUAAGGCACAGCGUAAUAAACCAACUGCCACCAUAAAAAAAAAAAAAAAAAAAAAAAAAAAAAAAAAAAAAAAGGCAUAUGGCCACCCAGUGCCACCUAGUAGGAGGGGAAGCUGGAGCAGAAAGUGACAGUGGCCUUAUCCAAUUGCUAUUAAAAAAAAAAUCAUUGUGCACAUUUUACAAAAUCAAGAGCCCAUGUGAACCCAAUACUGUGGCCCUCCCAGGACCUUAGG